CAAAACCUUUCAUUUCCAACCCAAAAGAAUGUCCACCACAAGGCUGCUUCGCGCCUCCUCCAAAGCUGCUGGACCACUCCACAACCUCUCCUCUCCUUCCGCUAAUCGUUCCUUUUCGGUUCGGGCUAGUGGCAAUGGAGAUGCGAAGGAUCGAGUUUCGGGUACGAUUAGUAACGUAAAUUGUUCGAAGAGGAGGUUGGAUUCUUCGGUGACAGCUAGGGCUGUUGCAGCAUCGUCCUCGGCUGAUCAGACCUCCCAGGCUAGUGCACAAGUCGAGGCCGUGCCAUGGUCCGACAUAGAUUUGGCUUCUUUGGUUAACAAGUUGAUGAUGGUGAGGCUCAGCCCUCCUCCCGCCGCCGAGGUGAAGAGGAAACAGGGGAAGUUUCGGAUCCAGAUGGCAAUCGAGAAAGCGAUUUUCGACUGCCGAUUCUUCGCUCUCUUGGCUGUCGCAGGAUCCCUGAUUGGCUCUGUACUAUGCUUCAUGGAGGGCUGCUUUCUGGUGGCGGAGUCCUACUUUCACUACUUCCAUACUCUGUCUAGAAGUUUGGAUCAAGGGCAUAUGAUGAAGCUCCUCAUAGAAGCCAUAGACAUGUUCUUGGUGGGAACCGCCAUGCUAGUGUUUGGUGUCGGCUUACACGCCAUGUUUGUGGGCUCCAAGGAUUCUCAACACGACAAGCAGACUUGGCUACCUCAGUCCAAUUUAUUUGGCCUCUUCCACUUGAAGUACCUUCCAGCAUGGGUGGAAACUCAAUCUGUUUCACAAGCCAAGUCGAAAAUCGGCCAUGCAGUCAUGAUGAUACUUCAAGUCGGCCUACUCGAGAAGUUCAAGAACGUACCUUUAGUUACCAGCUUCGAUCUUGCCUGCUUUGCUGCAGCUGUUCUGGUUUCUUCAGCUUCCACAUUCCUCCUGUCGAAACUCUACACUGGCGGUGAAGAUCGAUAACUACCUCGCUCGAGGGAUUCCUCGGUUUCCCCCCCCCCACAUUAUGUAUAGCCAUAAAGUUCAUUCAUUUUUACCCUUUCCCUUUAGAUUAAACGAAGACCAAUCCAAAAAGCAUGUAGCUUUACAUGUAUAUAACCAUAAAUUAUGUUCAAAAUUUGAACCCUAAUAGUAACCUGAUAACAAUAAAUUGAAGAAGAUGAGAGGGGGACAAAAGGCAUACCAAACCCUCAUCAGUUAUUAUUUUUAUACAGAGGAAUGGCGCUUGUUGAUCAAUUCUUCAUCUUCUGUCUCUUUGCAUUCAUACCGGUCUCGACAUCAGACAACCCAUUCUCCAGCGCUCGAACCAAAUUCUCGAAGUAAGUCCUGCACAGCUUCGUCAAAUCAAUCAGCUUCACCUGAAAGGCACGGUACUCUUUCGUGCAGCUUUCUUGGGCCACAAACUUCCUCAUUUCCUUCUCUGCACAAUCAUGAAGCCUCUCCAAACAAGUGUCGGCCUGCCCUUGCAAGUACUCGAAGAACUGCUUCUUUGCGGCUUCUCCAGUGGGCAAGUAGUAGCCGUAGGCAAAAGUCCACUUCAGAACCCUUCUACACUCCACAAUCUGCUCCCAAGCUUCAGUCAAGAACACCAGCUGGAUCGGAUUCUCACCGUGAAUACUCCCAAUCUUCAAAACCACAUUCUCCCUCACAUCCUUCAAAUCUCUCACCGCAAUCUGCCUCGAUUUCUCGUUUGCUGCCCACCGUUCGUAGUAGUGCUGGUACCUCUUCAAUUCUUCCCCCAAUGACUUCAAUACAGCAGGAUCACCAUCUUCCUUGUACUUAUUGCACGAAUACGAGUGGCCAACCCAUGAUUCCAGGCACACCCAGCAGAAUUCGUGCCGGCAUGGAGCUGCACAUCUCAUGUGCAUACACCCAGCGUUCUUCUCGAUUGAUCUGCUGCAUUUCGGGCAUGGCUUCGUGUUCACCUUCUUCCACAACUCAUUCUGCGAGUCGGCCGCGUUCUUCAGUGACCAGUUCUUCACUGUCUCGCAGUCCACGGGCGAGUGCUUGUCCUCGGCGCAGUUCCAGCAGAAGUUGUGCGAGCAGAGGCAGGAAACAUCGUAGUCUCCUUCCCCAAUUGAAUUAAAUUCCACGGCGUAUUCGCAAUUGGGGGCAGGACACCAUUUCCUUUUACUGCUGUUCUCUACAUAAGACCUAAGGGCAAAAUUUGAAUAACUUUUCCGCACCUUCUCGUCGGCAAUUUGGUCGAUUAGAUCGUCACCUACGAGAAUUUUGCAGGAAGGCUCAGGGCAUCUCAAUUGCAGGCAGCGGGGGCCGUCGACGACGCACUGCUUUAUGUAUUUUCGCCAGCACCAGCGGCAGAAGCGGUGGCCGCAGUCCGCGGAGUGGAAGGAGGUGAGACGGUGCUUUUCGAAACAGAUCGUGCAGGUGAGACUGCAGCGAUCGGACGGAGGAGGGAGGGUUACCUUUUGAGGUGCCGUCGGGAGACCGACCUGGCGGCGGACUUCGAAUUCGUCGGCGAACCACGAGUCGGAGACCUUGCUCGUGUCCCAAUUGAAGUGGCGGAGGAUUAGGGUUGUUUCGGAUUUCGGGAGGCAGAGCAUGGCGGAGAGAUGGCUGGCGUCUUCGUCGAUGCGGCGGCGGAUUUCGGAUUCUUUCAAGACGGAGUAAGACAACUGUGGCGGCAGACCGGUUUCGGGCUCGUCAAGGAGAUCGUCUACGGCAUUGUCGCUGUCGAAUUCGGCCUGAUCGUCGGAUUCUGAGGCGUUUAGUUCGUCGUCGCCGCUGAUGUAGAUGAGUUCGGCGAACUUGUCAUCGUCGGAACCGUGGCGGCGCAUUCUUUUUUCCGGCGGGGGUAAAUAUAAACUAACAAAGUGAGGUUUUUUCUGUUCUUUCACCGUUUUUGUUUUUACCCUUUGUAUUGACUUCUUAUAUAUAUUCG